GCUGAAUCCUCACGCGAUUUCGUCCCUGCCGCUUGCACUCAACUUCCGAAUCUACCCGAAUGCAAGGUUGCUAAAUGGAACGCGCAACGGAACAUUCUCUUGAAUCGCUUGGAAACACGACGCAGACAAGCAGAAAGAACUGUUGAACGCCGAGUUUUUGACGAACCUCUUACUGAUCGACAAAGUAAAAAGCUAGCUGAAUUUAUGGCAAUGCUUGGAAGAUUACGGAGGAGCGGGAACAAAACCGAGCCGGCUGGCGAAUUUGUAACAAAGACGCACUCUGAUGCCGAUUUGAGAGAGAAGGAAACUGGUAACGGUAGCGAGAACAAUGUUGAAGAGGGUUUUAUUCCUGAAAAGGGCGAAGGAAUACAUCGUAAACUCAAGGUCAAGGAGACAGAAUCUGAAGGUACUGUCACCGAAUUUGAACAUUUCAAUAUCCUUAUGUUGCGACGACUUCGAAAUCUUAGCAGCCCGCCUUUAAGGAACCCCCUCUCACUCCACAGGACCACCUCAGAGGACUGA